AUGUGUAUUUCGUCGCAGCCUCCUCAUGUUUCCACCGCUUUCUCACUUCAGACUCAUCCCAUGGAGGUGGAGGAGAAUUUGUUUUUUAUAGCCGAAAGGGCCUCACCCACGGCUUCCCCAUCUGCUCUUGGCCCGGACCGCGUCGUCUCUAUGUUUUUACCUACUGAACCGCCUACUGAUAUCGGGGAAAUGGUUACAUGCAAUCUUUGUCUAGAAGAUGUCCCUGCAACACCACAGAGUCGCAUGGUCUUUACGGCUCAUGUUUGUCGCUCUUCGGUUAUAUCUUCCCGAGCUUCUAGUUGGUGUGAAGGUUCUCGCGCAAUAUCCAUGAUUAAACAGUUAUUGGAUCUCAGCCCGAAUAUGCAUGGUGUGCGUUCGGACGAUGAGCCGCCUCAGCCAUCAGAUGCAGCAACUGCAGAUUCUAUGCGUGAUUUUCAAUUGAAUGAGUUUUUGGCCGCGCUUUCUACUACUGCUGCGGCAGCAUCUCCAUCUUCCCUACAAACUGGCUUUUACCCCCUACCUGAAUUGUCGAAAUCAAACCAAAAUUCGAAAGAUGAUGCUGAAUCUACCGCUCACUGUCCAUAUCCUUUUUAUGGUAUGCUCGAGUGGCGAUGUCAGUUUGAAGGUAAGACAGUCCUUUUUGAAAACUUGUCAGUUUGA